CAAUGGUUUCGCAUCGCUUUCAGUUCUAGCGGUUGUCGGUCUCUGUUCUGUGACAAAUCUGUGGCGGUUACUAUUUGGAGAAGUGCUGGCCGUUUUCUAUUAUCAAGUUGAUCGGGAUGCGCGCGCUCGGUGCUUUAACAAUAAGCUGGUGAUUGUUUUCGGAGAAGAUGUAGCCGGAAGGAUUGCACUAUCUGGACUUCCGGAGCGGGUUAACAGGUGUUUCGGAUUGUCGUGACAGAUCGCUUGUGUGAAUGGGGGAGCUGUGGGAGUGAAGGGAAAAGAUAUCCAAGUUGAAAUUCAAGCGCCAGUUCAGCACGUGUGCUUGUGGUUAUACAAAUUUAAAUGAAACAUCAAAGGACAAAAAAAUGUAAAUUAGCAGUGUUAAUUAUACUGGAUGUAUUUAUUUAAGACGCAUAAUAGCAUUUAGUGCAAUGUGGAACUCACAGGUGAUUGUUGAUACUUUUCUGAGCCUAAAGGAUACCAACAUCAAAGCAAAGAACUAUCCUUCCUGCUGAGUGCUGAUUGAUGUACUGGUCGAUGAGUGCACUACUGCGCCACGUAAUCGGAAGAAAAUCGUCCCGUCAAUGGACAAGGCAUAUUCAAAGUAACGGUUGGACGACGACUCAAACCCAGACAGUAGUGCAAACAACGCGUUCCAACGAUUUAUGCCGUCGUCCAUCUCGAAAAAGGAAUCAGCAAAUUAUGAUAAUGAGUCGCGAUUGAACGGGAAAAGCAACAGACACGGGUGCCAACCAAUUGGCGGACUGGUUGGAGCAAAUUGUCACCCCUCUGGUGAAGGCGAAUCGUACGCGUGCCGUGGCGGGUGUUGCAUUUUAAAACAUCGGACUGUAUCAGCCGUUUGAUCGCGUUGUGCACACCUUCGUGGUUCGAAAAGUCGUGGUUCAGCCAGGCAGUGUAUUGUAUCUUGCUUGGGGGAGGAAACCCGUAAUUAAGACCCUGCAAGUAUGACUGCCCUCGAAGCGGUUUUUUUAGUGGAAGCCAAGAUACGUGAUUGUAAGUUUCAAUCCCAACAGCCUUUUGGAAACAUGUGCAAUGCAAUGCAGGCCGCUCGGUAAUCGCCAAUUCACGUACAGUGCAGCGUGUAUGUGUUCUGUUUGUUUAACGUUCGUCGUGUCCAUCGGGUAAAGUGCAUCGGAUGCUGCUGUUGCAUUGUGCGGAGAAGAAUAGCGCACAGCAGCAUCGCAAGAAAAUAAUCUGUCCAGUUGGUCGGUGUUUGUGAACUUGAAGAUUAGGAGGGCAAGCAGCAGCCGGCGAUUAGGUGAAUUGUGGUCGAUUUGCGGCUCGUGAUGUAUGACUGUUCAAGAUGUGACAGAUCGUGAUUGAAUUAAUUUGGCCUGUUCCACGGAUCGUCACCUAUCUGCCAGUCGUUUAGCCAUACUGUCUCUUGCACGCGUUGCUGAACUCACCAUCUGGCGCAUUUCAAAUGGAUUUUGUUACAUAAAAGCAGACUGCCACUGAUGCAACGCUGCUUUUCCCCCGAGAAGAGAAGCUGUGCCAACCGAGGUAGAUCCUUGUUGAGACCAUUUCCGAGCCGCCCCCGGCUGUAGAGUAGAACAACGUGCAACAACAACAACCACCACAGCAACGCACUGCCGGUGCAAUUAGGCGCCUGUUGUGUCGCCAAGUACUGAAUAUAACCAAAGGAUCAGCACAGCACAUACAUCUGAAGCCUAGGAUUACGUGGCCUUGACAGAACGAACGGGGCCGGAUUGAAUUCAUCACAAACAAGCGCUCCAAAGUGGAACAGGAACGUACAAAAUCAACGCAAGAAUAGAAUAUUAAAAAGUAAAGAGCCGAAAGCACCACUCGGUUCCAGAUAUCAACUAUAAACUUUAGGGCAGUAGGUGGAACGAACCGUCCUUAACUGGGCUCCAGCCGAAAAAAAAUGACCUCCUCCACAACAACGGACGCAACCGCGGCGGAGAUCGACCGGAGGGAGCUCCAAUGCUUGGAAAUGCUCAAUGAAACAACCGAAUCCUCCACGUCCCGGUCUGGACUAUUCUGUCGAGGGACCUGGGAUGGAUGGCUCUGCUGGCCGGACACCGCGGCAGGAUCUUCUGCGUAUCAACUUUGCCCGGCUUUCAUGGAUGCAUUCGAUCCCUCUAGAUUUGCACAUAAAGUUUGCGAUGAACACGGGGAAUGGUUUCGGCACCCUCUGACUAACAAAACCUGGUCCAACUACACAACCUGCGUUAAUUUGGAUAAUCUCGAGUGGAUGGAGCAAGUGAGAACCAUAUACGAAACGGGGUACUCGAUUUCGCUGAUAGCCCUCAUCUUAUCGCUCGGUAUUUUAAGUUACUUUAGGUCACUGAAAUGCGCUCGCAUUACGCUACACAUGAACCUGUUUGCGUCCUUUGCCUCGAACAACACACUCUGGCUGCUGUGGUACCGGAUGGUCCUAGCAGAUCCGGACGUAUUGAAGAACAAUGGGGCCCCCUGCAUCUCGCUGCACCUGGUGCUGCACUACUUUCUCAUCACCAACUACGCGUGGAUGCUGUGUGAAGGAUUUUAUCUGCACACGGUCCUGGUAUCGGCCUUCGUGUCGGAGAAAAAGCUGGUCAACUGGCUGGUGGUGCUCGGGUGGACGACUCCGGCUAUCGUGAUCACGACGUAUGGACUGCUGCGAGGGUACGCCGGCUCUCCGGAGGAUACAAUAGAAUGCUGGAUGAACGAGACCGUUUACGAUAACGUUUUCAAAGCACCGGUGUGCAUCCUAAUGCUGCUCAAUCUACUAUUCCUGUGCAACAUCAUUCGGGUAGUUCUGCUGAAGCUGAAAGCUCCGGCGGGACCACAAGGGACCGGUCCAUCGAGAACGAUACUACAAGCAUUCAGAGCCACUCUGUUGCUUGUACCUCUUCUCGGCCUGCAGUACCUACUAACCCCGUUCCGACCAGACCCAGGGCAUCCUUAUGAGCGAACGUACGAAAUUUUAUCAGCGUUCACAGCAUCGUUCCAGGGUCUCUUCGUAGCCGUCCUAUUUUGCUUCUUCAAUGGAGAGGUUAUCGCACAAGUGAAACGAAAAUGGCGCACCGUAUUCCUGCGGACGCGAACCAAUUCCUAUACCGCAACGCAAGUGUCCUUCAUUCGUAGCGGUCCGCCCAUUCCCGGCGAAGAAAAGGUCUGACUAAAGGAGUACUCCAGCGGCAAUAAGCCCCCAAGCCAUUCAGCCAGCUUGGUUCUCGUGAACGAUCGAACCUCCUCGGGAAAUACAAUGACAACGACUACCGUUCUGGAGGAUAACCACAGUAACGGACCAGAUUUAUCGCUCAAGGUGUCGAACGAAUCGGAGAUCCGUGAAGAAUCGGUACUACCUUGCAGGGAGAAAAUUGAUGAAAAACUUCUCGCCUGGCGGAGAAGCUCGGUCGACUAUAGACAUGCCAAGUUACCACUACUAGAAGCGCAACACAGAAAUAAUAAUGGGGAACAGGAGGGAGAUUCUGAACACACUAAGCAGCUGUUCGUCGAGCCGGCACCGGCGGAUGAAGUGCUGUAAACACGUUGGAACACAAAUGUAACGAAUUAUUCAUAAGCGAAUUUAUUAGCAUUGUUAAGGACACCCCGGAAAUCUGAAUAUGUACAAUGAUGUAGUCGUUCUGAGAAAACUCUUAUUGAUGUGACUGGAUUCCCACCAUCAGUUAACCCCCUUGGGCUUAGUUCAACUUGAAUGUUCUAAAACGCUUAACUUUUUCUUAGAUGAUAAACAAAUACACUCCACCCUUUGAGGGGUUCAUGUGAUCAUAGCAAAAAAUAAUAAAAUUAACAGAAACGUA